CCGGUUUCCUGGCGGAGAAGAUGGCGGCUCCUGGACCGGGGGAGUAUUUCAGCGUCGGGAGCCAUAUCUCUUGCUUCACCUGCUUGGGCCAACGUCUGCAGGGAGAGGUGGUCGCGUUUGACUACCAGUCCAAGAUGUUGACUCUGAAAUGUGCUUCCUCCAGCGGUAAGCCAAACCUCAACGACGUCAUCCUGAUCAACUUAGCCUAUGUUUCUGAUGUGGACAUAAUAAAUGACCGCACUGAGACUCCACCCCCACUAGCAUCACUGAAUGUUAGCAAGCUUGCCAAUCGAGCACAGACAGAAAAGGAGGACAAGCUGUCCCAAGCCUAUGCAAUCAGUGCUGGGGUUUCUGUGGAGGGCCAACAGCUAUUCCAGACUAUUCACAAAACCAUCAAAGAGUGUAAAUGGCAGGAGAAGAACAUUAUUGUGAUGGACGAAGUCAUAAUCUCGCCGCCUUACCAGGUUGAGAACUGCAAAGGCAAAGAGGGAAACGCUUUAAGUCAUGUACGCAAAGUAGUUGAGAAACAUUUUAGAGACGUGGAAAGUCAGAAGUCCAUGCAACGUUCACAAGCACAGCAAACACAGAAGGACUCCACUUUAUCUUCUUGAGUUGGCAGUGUGGGUCAACCCGGGGAAGGCGACGCAGGUGGUUUUGUUCCCACUGCCAGACUAAGUCUGCAUUCCUUGUCCUCAGUCUGAGACCACAAGGAGGAGCGCUGAGGGCCCUGGAUCCAGAAGAUCAAAAUACCAUUAAAUGAAAAAGACAAAAAAGAAAGAGGAAAGAUUAAAUCUUAAAUUAGACUUUAUAAAGAAUAAUUUAAACAUGAACCAUAAAGCAACCAUAGUUUCCUUAACUAACUUGUCUCAUUCUGCCCCCAUUCCUCCCCUCCUGUCCCUGAAGCCUUUUUCUUUUUUCCGCCCUCCUUCCUUUGCCUUCAGUUCCAUUUCAAAAAGAGAAAACUAGAGCAGUCAGAAAGGCUUGUUAGCUUUAUUUUCUGUCAUUGUUUCCUUUUUUGCUGUAUCCAUGUUCUACUGUCUGUAUUUUCUGUAUUUUAAACAAAAUGUGACUUGAAACGCCACACUUUAAAGGACAUUUUCUAAAAUAAAAGUAACAAAAAUUC